UCAAUCUUCCUGUCCGUCGUUCCUUCUUUUUCAAAUAAGAGGAGGGCGCGGACAAUCACUCGCCGGUGGAGCGGCAGUAGAUGUGCACUCGAAGAUUCUGACCAUGAAUUCGAAAGAAACUUGCAGGACCGAGCUUCGGACUGCGAUUCGACAACUCAGUGACCGUUGCCUUUACUCUGCCUCCAAAUGGGCAGCGGAGCAGCUGGUGGGGAUCGAGCUAGACCCAGCAAAGUACACACCUUCUAAUACUAGAUUCCAGCGUGGGAGCUCCAGCAUACAGCGGAGGUACCGCACCAAUGAGAUUACUUCCACACCAACUGCUGGUGUCUCGUACGUGUCCACUCCAGUUAUGGAGGAGGAUGAGGUUGUGGAUGGUGACUUUUAUCUAUUGGCAAAGUCCUACUUUGAUUGUCGAGAGUAUAGAAGGGCAGCUCAUGUUCUACGUGAUCAAACUGGAAGGAAGUCCGUGUUUUUGCGGUGUUAUGCUCUCUAUCUGGCUGGAGAAAAGAGGAAAGAAGAAGAGAUGAUAGAACUUGAGGGGCCUCUUGGUAAGAGCGAUGCUGUGAACCGUGAACUGGUUUCUCUGGAGAGGGAGUUUUCAACUCUCCGUAAGAAUGGCAUGAUUGAUCCAUUUGGAUUGUAUUUGUAUGGUCUUGUGCUCAAAGAAAAAGGCAGUGAGCAUCUCGCUCGUACAGUUCUUGUGGAGUCUGUGAAUAGCUACCCUUGGAACUGGAAUGCCUGGUCUGAGCUGCAGUCAUUGUGCACUACAAUUGACAUAUUGAACAGCCUCAGUCUCUGCGAUCAUUGGAUGAAGGACUUCUUCCUGGCUAGUGCUUACCAAGAACUCAGGAUGCACAACGACUCUUUGUUGAAAUUUAAAUACCUGCAAGGCACUUUCAGUUUUAGUAAUUAUAUCCAAGCUCAAAUUGCAAAAGCCCAGUACAGUUUGAGGGAAUUUGAACAAGUUGAAGUGAUAUUUGAAGAGCUUUUAAGAAAUGACCCCUAUCGCGUUGAAGACAUGGAUAUGUAUUCUAAUGUGUUAUAUGCAAAGGAGUGUUUCUCCGCCCUAAGUUAUCUUGCCCAUAGAGUUUUUAUGACUGAUAAGUACAGACCUGAAUCUUGCUGCAUUAUUGGGAAUUAUUACAGUUUGAAAGGGCAGCAUGAGAAGUCGGUUAUGUAUUUCAGGAGGGCACUCAAAUUGAACAAAAAUUAUUUAUCUGCUUGGACACUAAUGGGUCAUGAGUAUGUCGAGAUGAAAAACACUCCCGCAGCAGUUGAUGCAUAUCGACGGGCUGUCGAUAUAAAUCCAUGUGAUUACAGAGCUUGGUAUGGCUUAGGACAAGCAUAUGAGAUGAUGGGAAUGCCCUUCUAUGCGCUUCAUUACUUUCGAAAAUCUGUAUUCUUGCAGCCAAAUGAUUCACGGUUGUGGAUUGCUAUGGCUCAAUGCUAUCAAACUGAACAGCUCCACAUGCUUGAGGAGGCAAUCAAGUGUUAUGGAAGGGCAGCAAAGUGUAAUGACAGGGAAGCGAUUGCCUUGCACCAGCUUGCAAAGCUUCAUAAUGAGCUUGGGCGUGUUCAAGAAGCAGCAUUUUACUACAAGAAGGAUUUAGAGAGGAUGGAAUUUGAAGAAAGGGAAGGACCGAAUUUGGUAGAAGCUUUACUUUUUCUUGCAACAUAUUGCAAAGACCAGAAGAGAUUUGAAGAAGCAGAGGUGUAUUGCACCCGCCUGCUGGAUUACACUGGCCCGGAGAAGGAAACAGCAAAAAGUUUACUUCGAGGAAUGAGGAUGUCACAAUCUAUUCCAUCGAUGGAUGUUGAGCAUUUCCCUCCCUAAAUUCUCCAUAGAAGCAGAGGUUAUUGUACUGCUUCUUUCAGUUUUGGGGUUAUGAAAAAUCAACAUCAUCUGAUUAUGUCAAUGGAAGUAGGAACUUGAAUUAUGAUGGCUUUCAAAGCUGGGAAUUCAGUGCUGCAAAAUAGUCUAUUUCUGAUCAACUUCUUCCUAGUCACCUUUUACAAGUGAGUUUCUAGUUAUCGUUGAGAUUAUUGUGAGUUUACACUGCAAUAACAAUUGACAGUUAUCUCCUGAAGUCUUCAUAUGAUAAAAGGGAGAAAUCAUUGAAAAAAUGCUUUUCGUAGACAA